CCUUUGUUGCGUGCGGUAACUACACCUCGCUCGCUCAAUCACUCUAAACUGAACUGAGAAUAAUGAAAUGAAGAGGUUAAACUUAAACCCUAUCUUAUCCCCCAUUUGUGGAAGAAGCAAGCGUGGAGCGAUGGGAAUCCUCGCCUUGCCCUUAGUCAUCUCCGUUCUCAAACCCCACACCGCCACUCUCCUCCGCCCCUCACACUCCCUCCUCCGCCACCGCAACCGCCACUUCACCCCCGCCGUCUCCGCCGCCACCGCUCCUUCUUCUCACUCUCCUUCUCUCUCGCGCCACUCUUCUUCCGCUUCAACACAUUCCGACACUCCUUCGCUUAACUCCUCCACCCUCACCUUCCAGCAAGCCAUUCAGCGCCUUCAGGAAUAUUGGGCUUCCGUUGGAUGUUCCGUAAUGCAAUGCAGCAACACAGAGGUUGGAGCUGGGACUAUGAAUCCUCUUACAUAUUUACGGGUUCUUGGUCCAGAACCAUGGAAUGUUGCGUAUGUGGAACCUAGCAUUCGCCCUGAUGAUAGUCGAUAUGGAGAAAACCCAAAUAGGCUCCAAAGACACACUCAAUUUCAGGUGAUAUUGAAGCCUGAUCCUGGAAAUUCACAGGAUUUAUAUAUCCGCAGCCUUUCUGCUUUAGGUAUUGAUGUUACUGCACAUGAUAUAAGAUUUGUGGAAGACAACUGGGAGAGUCCGGUUCUUGGUGCUUGGGGUUUGGGCUGGGAAAUCUGGAUGGAUGGCAUGGAGAUUACUCAAUUCACCUACUUUCAGCAGGCUGGAAGUCUUCAGUUAUCACCUGUAUCUGUAGAAAUUACUUAUGGCCUUGAGCGUAUCCUCAUGUUACUGCAGGGGGUUGAUCACUUCAAGAAUAUAAAAUAUUCUGAUGGAAUUACAUAUGGGGAGCUGUUCUUGGAGAAUGAGAAGGAAAUGAGUGCAUAUUAUUUGGAGCAUGCUAGUGUUGAUCAUGUUCAAAAACAUUUUGAUUUCUUUGAGGAGGAAGCUCGUUCCUUACUUUCUUCAGGCCUUGCAAUCCCUGCGUAUGAUCAGCUUCUGAAAACAUCUCAUGCUUUUAAUAUCUUAGACUCCAGAGGCUUUGUUGGAGUAACAGAGCGUGCUCGAUAUUUUGGUCGCAUGCGUAGUUUAGCUCGCCAGUGUGCACAACUUUGGUUGAAGACAAGGGAGAUGCUUGGCUUCCCCCUUGGUUCUAUCUCUGAACCCAAUCAUUUUGUAUUGCCAAAAGAAGUUUUGGAGGCUGCACGUGAGAAGGUGCAUGAUCAUUCAAGGGCAUUUGUUCUUGAAAUUGGGACCGAAGAGAUGCCACCUCAAGAUGUUGUUGAUGCAAGCAAGCAACUGAAAGAUUUAGUGCUGCAACUACUUGAACGGCAAAGGUUAAAGCAUGGUGAAGUGCAAGCUUUUGGCACCCCACGUAGAUUAGUGAUUGCUGUUGAAAAUCUUUGCACAAAACAAGCAGAAAAGGAGGUUGAAGUUCGAGGUCCUCCUGUUUCAAAAGCAUUUGAUCAUGAAGGAAAUCCAACGAAGGCGAUUGAAGGUUUUUCUCGUAGAUACUCUGUUCCACUUGACCUGGUAUACAGAAAGGUUGAUGGGAAAACAGAGUAUGUUUAUGCCCGUAUAAAGGAGUCAUCAAGACAUGCUCUGGAGGUUUUGUCUGAAGAUUUACCUGCUACUAUUGCUAAAAUUUCAUUUCCAAAGACAAUGCGUUGGAAUUCUCAGGUGAUGUUUAGCAGGCCUAUCCGUUGGAUUUUGGCCCUGCAUGGAGAUGUAGUAGUUCCAUUUAUGUUUGCUGGGGUGACGAGUGGAAACUUGUCUUGUGGUCUCCGAAAUACUUCUUCAGCUGUCGUCCAGGUUGAUGGUGCAGAAUCUUAUUCAGUUGCAAUGAAAGACGUGGGAAUCAAUGUUUCAGUCGAGGAUCGUAAGAAAAUUAUUUUUGAGCAAUCUAAUGCAUUAGCAGAAAGUGUAAAUGGCCAAAUUCUUAUUCCAAAAGGUUUGCUUGAUGAGGUUGUAAAUCUUGUUGAGGCACCUUUUCCUGUGCUUGGAAAGUUUAAAGAAACCUUCUUAGAUCUUCCAAAAGAUCUUUUGACUAUGGUUAUGCAAAAGCACCAAAAGUAUUUUGCUGUAUGUGAUGCUAAUGGGCAAUUGUUGCCUUAUUUUGUUGCCGUUGCAAAUGGAACAAUUGAUGAGACUACAGUGAGGAAAGGAAAUGAAGCUGUGCUCAGGGCUCGCUAUGAAGAUGCUAAGUUCUUUUAUGAGAUGGACACUCGUAAAAGGUUUUCAGAAUUCCGAAAGCAACUGAAAAAUAUUCUCUUUCAUGAGAAGCUUGGAACCAUGCUGGAUAAGAUGACUCGUGUUGAAAACAUGGUUACUAAGCUAAGUUGCACCCUAGAUAUCAAUGAAGAUGUGCAACAAAUUAUUCAGGAUGCUGCCUCCCUAGCUAUGUCUGAUCUUGCAACUGCAGUUGUCACUGAAUUUACCUCACUUUCAGGAAUUAUGGGGCGUCACUAUGCCCUUAGAGAUGGAUACUCAGAGCAGAUUGCAGAGGCCUUGCAUGAGAUUACACUUCCUAGAUUUUCUGGGGACAUGCUUCCCGAAAGUGAUGCUGGCAUAGUUUUGGCAAUUGCUGAUAGAUUAGAUAGCCUGGUUGGUUUAUUUUCUGCUGGUUGUCAACCUAGUUCGACAAAUGAUCCAUUUGGUCUGCGAAGAAUCUCAUAUGGUCUUGUGCAACUAUUGGUGGAAAAGAAUAAAAAUCUAAAUUUUAGGAAGGCCCUGGAACUAGCUGCAGAUGUCCAGCCCAUUAAAGUAGAUCCUCAUGUAAUAGAUGAUGUACAUCAAUUUGUUACUCGAAGAUUAGAGCAAUUUUUG